GCAAUAGACACUGCUUUUGCCGUGCCAUCCUCUCCUCUUUAAACGCGCUCCUCUCUUACUUCUACCCCGUUUGCUUGGUGAAUACUUUUAUCCGUCAGAGUUACAUACUCACGAAACGAAGCAAAGCACAAUUCAGCAGCACAGGAUCGAGAGCAAGCAUCGAACGAAUAAUGCUUUCUCUUCGUCUCUUACAUAGUCCACCACCACCACCACCGCCACUACUGCUUCUUCUAGUACCAACAAUUAACGAGAUUCUGUAGGAAAUUUUUUGAAGAAUUGGUAAAGAAGGAGAGACGAACCAAGUUGCAGCAUCCCUCGUCGUCGUCGUCGUCGUCGAUAUAUAUAUAACAACACUGCUUCUUCUUAAUAAACUCUUGAGAGAGGGAUCCUCUUCUUGCCACCACCACCGACCCACCGACUAAGGCUAAACUAAACUAAUACUGCUCUGAUUGUUGUUUAACAACUAACUGUUCAAUAAGUACCACUCACUCGCGAGGAGUGCGAAAAGAAGAGACCCGCAAAUUUGUGCAAGAUUGAAAAAAGGCCGGACGGAGGACGAUAUCCGCAGAAGAAGCAUGACCUUUGGAGGAGGAAAAGUGUAGCCCGGUUUAUUUUCCUGAGACGGGCACAAGUUUGGCGUCGGGGACUUAAAGAAAGAUUGGAAGGAGAAGUUGAAGUUGACAAAGUGUUGGUAAUUAUUGGACCCGAGUUAAAGGGGGAACGUUAGUUAAAUUGUGGGGACUUGUGUUAAUAACCUUGGAGUUUAAAUGUGAGAUGAGACGGGAGAGGAUUGAAUUGGAUUUAUGACUGGUUGAUGUGAUUACGAAAGGGGAGGAGAUCAUGUGAGAAAAAGUAGGGACAUUUUAGGACAUCAACUUGAUAAGUAUUAUAAAAUUGAUGCCUACUACUGAUGAUGACGGUGAAACUGGAAAGAACGACGAGGAGAACGACCUUAUUUGUGGAUUUCGAAAAAGGUCUCACAUCACCAUCGUCAUCAUCUUUAAGAGAAAUUGUUCCUGUGAUUGAGUGAAAGUUCUGAUAUUGACGAAAAUGCUUUCGUGGAAUGAAAAGUUGUUGUGAAUAUAAAUCAUAUUUUCAGUACAAUUAAUUAGUAGCAAUUACUAUUAACGUUAAGAACGUAUUAAUUGCUACAGAGUAAUUUGUUAUAUAAAGUUGUUAAUACCUAUUAAACCCAUCAGUAUAAAAAUGUAUGCUAAAGGCAAAGGUUCUGCGGUUCCGUCAGAUGCUCAAGCUAGAGAAAAGCUGGCACUAUACGUUUAUGAGUACUUAUUACACGUUGGAGCACAAAAAGCCGCCCAAACAUUCCUUUCUGAGAUCCGAUGGGAGAAAAAUAUCACGUUGGGUGAACCCCCUGGUUUUCUCCAUUCAUGGUGGUGCGUUUUCUGGGACCUGUACUGCGCUGCACCCGAGCGACGAGAUACCUGCGAACAUUCUAGUGAAGCUAAAGCCUUUCAUGAUUACGGCUUUGUCAACUCUGGCUACGGCGUAAAUGGAAUCGCACAUAAUUCCGGUCCUACCCCCAGUCCGAUGGGUCCUAACGACGGAAUGGGUCCUGGUGGCCCUAUGCCACCUGGAUUUUUUCCUAACUCUAUGAGACCAUCACCACCUACGCAUCCAUCUUCCCAACCGUCCCCACACUCCCAACCCCCUCCACCGCAAAUGUUGACAAACCAACCGUUCAUGGGACCCAGGUAUCCCCCGGGUGGGCCCAGACCAGGCGUAAGAUUGCCACAAAUGGGCAAUGACUUCAACGGGCCCCAAGGACAACCAAUGAUGCCUGGACCAAUGGACCCCAGCAGACAAGGAGAAGGUGGAGACUUUGUAGGAUGGCAAGGACCUGGAGGAAUGGCUCCCAUGGGGCCUAGGAUGACGCCACCCCGACCAGGAAUGGGUCCCCUUGGUCCUUCAUCGUAUGGACCUGGACCUGGUCCUGGUAUGAGGCCAGGUCCACCGGGUAUGCCUCCAAUGUCAAUGGCUGGACCAGGAAGGCCGCAGUGGCCGCCAAGUUCCUCUGCUCCUAUGAAUUACAACUCGUCGUCCCCUGGGAACUAUGGUGGACCUCCAGGAUCCUCGGGACCACCAGGCCCAGGUACUCCAAUAAUGCCAAGUCCUCAAGAUUCGUCGAGUUCCGGGGGAGAAAACAUGUAUGGGAUGAUGAAACCUGUUUCCGGAGGCUCAUUAAAUGCCGAUUUCCCGAUGGGUGGGGGACCAGAGGGUGGACCCUUGGCUCCUCUCGGCCCCGGAAUGACCCCUGUAAUGAACGGUAAUGAUGGAAUGGACAUGAAAAAUUCGCCAGCAAAUGGACCCGGGACACCUCGAGACGAAGGUUCAUCAAUCGCCGAGUACAAUUUAGGCGGAUUUGGGCCCCCUGAAAACGAGGAACCAUCUGAGUCUGCAGCGAUUUUGAAAAUCAAAGAGAGCAUGCAGGAAGAGGCAAAACGGUUUGAGAAAGACACUGAACACUCAGAUUAUUUCAUGCAGUAACAAAAAGCGGCACACACAGAAGAUAUCAUAAUACAAUAUCCAUUAUAGCUUCUUUCCACUAACUCUUUCUAUCAAAAGGCGGAUGGAAGACGAUAUUAUGUUGUUUUAGAUUACACACACACACACACAAAACACAAUCUCUCAGAAUCCAGGAAGUGGCGUACCUUGUUACCAAACAGGUUCUGAACGAUCCUAAGUAUCCUCUAAUCGAUCAUUUUCAUAGUGUAAAAAGUAAGAGAAAGAAAGAAAGAAGGAACCUUCACAAAGCAGACUUCAGAUAUAAGAAAUAAUAUAUUAGGAAGAAAAAAAUGGAAUACAAUGAUGAAAACCAAUAGUUCUCUGUGUGUAUAUUUGUGAGAAGUUUUACCCAACGUAACUACUAAAUAUUACCAUAUACAUACGAGACACUACGUAGAUAUUUUGCUAGCUGUAUAUAUAGAGAAUCAGAGAAUGUUAUUACUGGCAACAAUAAGCUGUGAAAGAAACAAAUCAAUCAGAACAAGGGAGAAGCAAUUAUAGAAGAGUAAGAGAGCAUUCGAAAAAGUGGUUGUUUCAGAAAACGACUUACACACACACCACCACCACAUCACCACCACCCACUCGAAAAUUUGUUCCGAGUAUAGAUUUACAUAAAUAUAGAUAAAUAUAUAUAUAUGUAUAGUUUGUGGAUGACGAGUCAAUAUGAUAUUGCAGUGUACGGGAGUGUACAUUUUUUUACAAAAAGUUGUUGUCGUUCGUUGUAUUGUUGUGGGUGUGGUGAACUACAUACUACUAUUUACUAUACUACAUACAUACAUAUUAUAUAUUUCUUCUCCUCCUCUUCGUCGUUAUACAAUAAUACUGCUGGUCUCUUGUUUUCUAAUAAGACGGUCAAGUCAAUUGAUUGCUGAAAGGCCUGACACUUUUUGAAAUCAUUCCGUAUUUACAACAGUUUUAGUGUAUGUGUAGGUGUGUCCAAGUGCUGCUGAUGAUGAUGAUUUACCGUAGAAUUUAGCCAUAGUUUAGUAAUUCCAGUGACUGUGUGUGUAUAUUUAAACAAAACGUGGCACAUGAGCUUUAUAAAUGUGUGUGUAUCAAGACAAGAAUUUCUACUUAAGCCUUCAGGUGUCAGGUUAUCUCUAGAUUCUUUGGACAUCAUCGAAUUGCACUGCUACUUUUUCGUGCAGAUGGACGACUUUAUUAUCUGAACAUAACUUUUUUGGACGGAAUUUGAAUUCGAAUUUGAUAAGAAUAUGAAGACGAAGAAUAAUAAGAAGAGGAGGGAAAAAAGAAAAGAAAAAACUUGAAGGGAUGAUAAGUUCUAUAUUUAAAAAAAACUCAAUGUAUGGACACACACACAACCAUUUGAUAAAACUGUUUCACAUUAUCCAACAUAUUAAUUAUUCAGCUAUUUAAAUGUUGAUUACAUAUACUACAUAGGUUUAGUUUUUCCAGUUAAUCCAUGAUUUCAAUUUAUUACAUUUACAUGAAAAUUAUUAUGCAUGCUUUAUUUAUGUAACUGAUGAAAAUUCUCCCAAAUUGUUGUAUCUUCUUGUUAGACGACCACUUAUAGAAAUUUUGUAAACAAUGAGUAAAGAUUACGUUGGUAAAAUUGAUCCUGUCUCCU